AUCGUUCUGGUCACGAGACCACGUGCUCUGGCUUCCUCGCUGCCUCCCCCACUUCCAACACCAACCGGAAUCGCAUCCCAGUGCUGAGCCUGGCCCCGGCGACAGGCCAGCUCAUGGCUGCCUUGUGACAUCAGAAAGCCCGGCUGGCUAAGCAGCAGGGCCUGGGCUAAAAUGGCCAGAUUAGUUUUACACGGGAGCUUGAGGGCUGCAGGCCAGGCCAGCACCUUGGGGGGCCCCCCCCAGAAAGGGAGUGAAGAGGGGAUCGGUCUGUGCCCUGGAAGAUGGGACUCUGCCAGGCCCGGCUUCCUAAAACUGCCAAGCCUCUGAAACCUGAACUGCAGGAGAAGCUGAAGUCGCAAGUCAUCAUCUUCGUGAUAGGAGGCCCGGGCUCUGGCAAAGGGACACAGUGUGAGAGGCUGGCUGCCAAGUACCAGUUCCAGCACCUGGGCCUGGGGAGCCUCCUGCGGGCGGAAGCCAGCCAGCCCACGCGCCAGGGGCGACAAAUCAAGGACAUCAUGAUGAAAGGAGCGCUCGUGCCUUCAGGCUUCAUCCUCGACCUGCUGAACGACAACCUGCUGCAGAGAGCGGAGGCGAAGGGCUUCCUGGUCAAUGGCUUCCCCCGGGAGCUCAAGCAGGCCAAGGACUUCGAGCGUGUGGUGGGGCGUCCUCCCAACAUCGUGAUUGUCUUGGACUGCUCGACAGAGACCAUGAUCCAGCGGCUGCUGCUGCGGGGCCAGACCGGCCAUCGGGCCGACGACCACGAGGCCUGUAUCCGCCAGCGGCUGGAGACUCACUACUCGCUGUGCGAGCCCGUCAUCAGCUACUACCAGCAGCAGAAUCUGCUCAGAAACGUAGGGGGGGCAUCACAAGAGACCUCCUGGGCAUUAACCCCUCCCCUUUCCCUCUCCCCCCACAGCCCAGCGGAGCCCAUUGCAGGCUGCCCGGGUGGGCCCUCCUGGGUACCGCUCACCAGGCGCAUGGAAACAUCGUCCAGGGGCUGAGCCAGUGGGCAGGCCCCUUGGGCCCGAGAGGGGAGGAGGAACUUGGUGGCAGCUGGAGCCCCCCUGCCCACAGCACUGGGGGUGGGAGAGGAUGGGCCUGGGCUGCACAAAAGCUCAGUGGUUUUGAGCAGGGCCUAGGGCUGCAUUCCCCCCGCAAGCACAGGGACACCCAAGGGUUUCCCAGGGGGUGGGUACUAAUGCCAGGCGCUCAGUGAGGCCCAGCGGGAGGGAACUAGAGCCGGGUGCCUGCAGGGCCCAUGGCAGGUGCGGCUCCAGCCCAGCUGCUCUGUUGUGUCCUGCAGAUUCUAGGCGAGGAGCCGGAAGACGCCAUCUACACAAAGUGCUGCUUCGUCAUCGACAGCCUCGUUUAGGCCACAGGCCUGCUGCUGCCCUGCCUAGGGCCACCCCGUAGCUGGCGCUGUGUUCAAAUAAAGGCUCAGCUUCUGGCCCUGGUCCUACGCUUGCCCUACGCAGAGACGGCCCUCAGCGCCUGCCCCGCCAUAUGGGGCUUAUGAGUGCCGGCUGGUGGCCCAGAGCUGACACCACAUGCUUAAGUGGAUGGUCCAGGGCCCUUUCCCAGUCCGGGCCCUUCGCCUCCCCUCUCAGAGGCAGCGUCAUGCUGCUGGAGCUAGUUAUACCAGCAGCCAAGGUACCUCAGAGCUAGCGAGGCAGUGGCCCAGGUGCAGAGAAACAGCCAGCAGGGAUCCAGGGGCUUGUGGACACGGAAAGUAUUUGACACAUGCAGGGGAGCCAGGCAAGGUGGGUGCAGCCUAGGGCAAAGAGCAAACGCCCAGGUUCCAGCGGAGGGGAGACGGCCACAGCUCCACCACACUGGCUGCUUUGAGUUAGGCAGAUAUCGCAGGGCGAAAUUCCCUGCUCUGCCUUCUGGAGCAGCCAAUUAGCUCACCAGCCUCCUGGCCUAACCCCUAACUCCCUACUCACCAGGGCAGUAGCUGCAGGAACCUUUUGUGGCACCCCGCUGAAUCAGACCUAUGCAAUUCCAAAUCAGCCCCCCUUCGGGGAGCAGGACUGCAUGAAAGGAGAACGGCUGUGACAAGACAGCCAGGCUGGAGCAUGGGGAGGGUUCUUCUGAGGGGACAAGUAGCAGCCAAGACAAGACCACAUCCAUCAAAACACCGAGUUUACCACCAAAAGUCCUUUUGUUUUUUCAAUACAUGAGUUCAAGCUCAGCUACACGUGAGUGAAGAGAGCUCCAGCUGGGCACGAGCUUUUCUACAGAUGUCAGCCCCACGCCCGUCAUCUGAAAGUGAGCUUUGUGCCAAGCUCUGCCCUCAGCUGCCCAGGCAGCUCAGGGCAGAACAGCAGGCUAGCACAGGAAGCGGUUCCAGGGAAGGCUUCCCCCUGCAUCACCUCAAGCCAGGGACUGUCCAGCAGGUGGAUAGAAAGCACCUUUGGAAAGGUUCUUUCCUGAUAGCCAGCACUCGCUGUAUGGGAGAAGCAUCUUACCCGCACCCUCCAGAGCGAGUUGGGGGAAGUACCAGGUCCCCCACAUCUGCUUGGACAACCUCCUGCCCCAGCUGGAGAGUCCAAGCCGAGGGAGGCUCAUCUGUCCAUAAGCAGAGGAGAGUUCAGUGCUUAGGGCAUCAGCCUAGAACUGGGGAAACCAGGUGUAAGGUCUGACCCCAGAGGAAUCUGGGCAAGUCACAGUCUGGGCCUCCAGUUCUUCAUCUGUCCAGUGGGGAUCAGAGCUCUGCCCUGCUGUCCAGGGGGGUGCAGGGACAAACAUGGAUGAGUAGGAGGCGUUCAGGUACUACAGAGAUAGGGCCAGCUAAGGCCUUACAGUGGGAAUGGACCUGCCUAGGUAUCAGUAGUGAAAUUACAGUCCCUUGGGAUUGCUCAGCAAAAGACCGAAGGUGUUGAAUGGGCCGAGCACAGCUCCACUUGCUCCUCAACUGUCAAGAGAAGCAAUUCCUUACCCCACAUGGGUAACCUCAGCUCACCAGGCCGGAUACGCCGCUGAGGGGCAGUGGCAUAAAGCCCCUCCUACCAAGCAGCAUCCGGGGGCAUCCCGUGUCGCCAGUUGCUCGGUUCGGAAAUAGUGCAGCAGAGUUGGUUUCAAAACAAAAAGAGCAUUUUAUUUAACAAAGCACAAUUGCCCGCUCAAACUAUAAAAAAACCACAGGAGCUCUUAGUUCAUCAGGUUUUACAACAGCUAUAUCAUGAGAACAAUCCGCUUCAAACCCUAUGGACAGACAGACGCCACCCAGCAGACACAGGGAGGUUUUGUUAUCAUUUAUUUGUGAAGUUAAAAACAAGCGGUAAAAAGUAAAAACUGAGCGUACAAUUGUUUGUUUCAGUCUCCUCUUGAACAGACGAAAUACAUGACAGACCAGUCCCAAUUGUGGGAAAAUGGGAGGGGGAAAGGGGUUGUUUUAUCUGAAACACCGACACCUUAUUCGAGGAAUGUUCCAACUCUAACUAAAAAGCAGAGUGAUUUUUUUUUCUCCUUGUAAAGUUUUUUUAUUUUUUUUUUUAAAAACAAAACGAAAAGAAAAAAUAUGUUACCCUGAAAUCGACGUGUGUUUCAGGAGGGCUGAGUUCUUGCAGCAGUUUUAGUUCACUAUCUUCUACAGCUGGCUCAACAUGAAGGAUUCAGAUAUUUUUAUUUUUAUUUUAUUUUAUUUUAAAGGACUUGAAGGAGGAGCAGCCGAGGUUCCGCUAAGAAACUCAGCAAUCAGACCCAGCUCCCUUCCCCAACAGCGGCCAU